AUGAGCCCCGAACUCCCGGUCCCGGAGACUGGUGUCCUGGCCGUUGCCAGUCAUGUUGUCUCGGGACAUGUAGGGAACAAGAUCGCUGUCUUCGUGCUGCAGUCAAUGGGCUGCGAUGUCUCGGCAUUGAACACGGUCCAGUUCAGCAACCACACAGGCUACCGGCAAUUCAAGGGCAUGCGCGUCUCGGCGCAGGAAAUCACAGACCUAUGGGAGGGCCUCAAGCAGUCCCAUCUCGACAACUUCGACUUGAUGCUCUCAGGCUACGUCCCCGGCGCCGCGGCCGUGGAGGCGGUAGGGAGGAUAGCCAAGGAGCUCAAGGCGGACGCCGCGACGAGGCCGGGCAGCUUCUUCUGGGUGCUCGACCCUGUGAUGGGGGACAACGGCAAGAUAUACGUCGCGGAGGACGUGGUGCCGGCGUAUCAGGAUUUGAUACACCAUGCGGACCUGAUAUUGCCUAAUCAGUUCGAGGCAGAGCUCCUCUCCGGCGUCAAGAUCACCGACUCCGCCACCCUCGAGCGCGCCAUCGAAGUCCUGCACGAGAAGUACAACCUCCCGCACAUCGUCAUCACGUCCGUUUCGUUCCCCCUCAGCGCCUCGCAGGCGCCGUCCCUAGCCGGCUCGCGCGCCCAUUCCCCCGCGCCCGCCGCCCCUGGCUCGCCGCAACAGUCCCGAGCGCCGCAGACGCGCACCAUGUCCGUGGUCGGCUCGACGCGCACGUCGGACCGGCGCCCGCGGCUGUUCAAGAUCCACUUCCCCGUCUUCGACUGCUACUUCAGCGGCACGGGCGACAUGUUCGCGGCGCUAAUGGUGGUGCGCAUGCGCGAGGCCGUGUGCAACAACGGCGGCGGUCCCGAAGGUGGUGUGCUCAAUACGGAGUCCUGGCUCAGCCCCGACGGGGUCGACGCCCUGGACCUGCCGCUCGCGCACGCCGCCGAGAAGGUCCUGGCGAGCAUGCACGAGGUGCUAGCGCGCACGUGUGAGGCCAUGCCCAAAGAGAUGGAGGCCGCCGUAGCGCGACUCCGACGGAAAGGGGGUGUGGGUCAGAACGGGGCACAGCAGGAGGGAAAGAACGGGGAGGAGCUGGACGAGAAGACGCUACAUUUGCUGCGAUCGCGAGCUGCGGAGCUGAAUCUCUCGCGGAAUCUGGCGUGUCUGAGGGAUCCGACGGUGGCGUACCGCGCCGAGAAGAUGUGA